CAAAACUAAAGAAUUUAGAAGCUCAUUAUUUGUUGAUUUAUUGUUUUUAUUUAUUUAUUAAUUUUCUUGCAUAAAUCACAAAGAACAAACAGCCGAGCAAUGAGUCUCAGUGUAUCACCUAUAUUUACUGCGGGACAGUUGCAAGAUGGCUGCGCCCAUAGAGGUGAUAUUUACGAGUGAAGGCACAGGACAGCUGUGGAAUACCUGUGUCUUGGAUCUUCAUUCUGGAACCACACUGGCCACCUACAAAGGUGGCGCUAGUGUCCCCAGGACACUCUGUCUUCUAGCUGAACAGUACAUCCUCUCUGCCGUCCACAACAAGUCACUAAUACAUGUCUGGUCACUUCAGAAAAGGGAGCAGCUCCAGUUGAAGAUGGUGUGUCCAGGUAGAGUGAGUGGUCUGGCGGUCAGUCCAGAGGGCAGUUACUGUGUGGCUGCAGUAGAUGAGAAGUUACACCUGUGGCAGGUGUGUACAGGUAAUCUUCUACUGGUCCUCAGCAGACAUUACCAGACAGUUAGAUGUAUCAAGUUCACUGAUGAUGGCAGCCACUUUAUAUCUGCAGGAGAAGAUCAUCUUGUGCUGGUCUGGAAUCUUGCAAGCGUCCUUGCUGAUGUCCAGGGGAAGAAGGUGGACCCAGUCCAUGUGUGGUCAGCACACUCCCUACCGGUCACUGAUGUCCACAUUGGCUGUGGAGGCUGCAGGGCCAGAGUGGCCACAGCCUCACUUGACCACACUGUGAAGCUUUGGGACAUAGUAUCUGGUGACCUUUUGGUGUCUUUUAUCUAUGACUGCAGUAUAUUGUCUGUUGCUAUGGAUACAGCAGAAUACAGACUGUUUGCAGGAGGUAGUAAUGGGAAGAUAUAUCAGGCUAACCUCUUUGAGAAGCCAGUCACCAAGGAGCAUCAUAUUGGAUCUGAGCAAGAGGAAACAAGAGGGUUGGUUUUCACAGGACACAGCAAACAAGUGACAUGUUUAUCUGUCAACAUGGACAGCAGUUUACUAGUAUCUGGAUCACAUGACUGUAGUGUAAAAUUAUGGGAUAUACAAAGUCGGCAAUGUAUCAGAACACUUGCACAUAAAGGCCCUGUAACAAACCUGGUGAUAUCUCCCACACCACCAGGUGUCAGCAGCAGCGAGUGGAAGACAAGCCUGCCCCUACAGCAGUUUAAAAGACAACUGUUCACAGCAGAGGACCAGGCAGAGGACCAAACUCUUCACAUCAAGAUAAAGAGGAGCAAGAGGGAUGAGGGGGAGAAAGGAUCAUCAGGCACCUUUGUGGAACACUGUUUACUAGAAGAGGGUUUACAGACAUUGGGUUCUACUAAAGGAAGUAACUCAGAGGAGACCCAUGAAUUGAAAGCACAUAUUGCACAGCUCCAGACUGCCAAUAAAGAGUUGUACCAGUUCACCAUGAAGAAUAUUUUACAUGAUAAAGACAACUCCACAUAGCCUCAAAUUUAGAUUGUACCAUGUAUGUAUGUACAUAUGAAUGUGUGUGUGUGUGUGUGUGUGUGUUUGUGUGUGUGUGUGUGUGUAUUCAGGUAUGUAUGCAUGUAUGUAUUUAUUUUGUAAGGUAAAUAGUUUGUAAAGGUGCUAUGCAGACAGGCUGUUGAUGUAGCCAUUAUACUUGAGAAGAUGGACUGAAUUUUGUUGAACUUUUUCUGUACAAUGAUUGAACCUUUUGGGGAGGUCUAUGCAAAAUAUCAACACACAACUAGUUACAGAUUAGACUGCAUGA